UGGCUAUUUCAGCGCGUGAAUGAGUUAUCAAAAUGAAUCUGUUCCGCUCUGUUUUCCGUAGAGACUCUCUAGAAGUAGAAAGAAACGUUUGGGCAAAGUGAGAGCUUUGGUUUGUGCAGGAAGGAGUGUUUGGGCACCGUUUUUUGGUGUGAAAAGCGCAUUGUGUUUGGCUAAUGCCCCCUCUCCCACUCGGUAUCCUCGUGAAUCAUGUCUCGCCGGAAACAGAAACGGCCCCAACAGCUUGUGAACCCGGCCCCCGGGAACACACGGAUACUAACGCAAGGUGAGCAGCUGGCAGUGAAGUCCCUGUCCUUCUCCCUGCUCUCGGACUCUUCGUCGCCGUCCUCCUCUUCCUCCCUGCUGGACUGCCAGCCCCCCCUGGCGCCCCGCCCCUCCCCCGGGGGUCUGCACACCCCCUCUCUGCCCACGGAAAACUCUCCGCCCUCCCGCUCCCCCAACCAGCCGGCGCCCUACCCUCCCACCUCCCUGCCCCAGGCUCACUGCUCCCUCUCGCCCGACUUCCCCCACCCCUCCCUCUCCUCCCGCACCCGCGCGCCCAGCCCGGCCCCCGCCCCGCACCAGCCCCCGUGCCAGCCGCGGCCCCUCAUGGCCUCCCCGAAGCUGGGCGUGUCGGCCACCUCCUCCUCCUCCUCCUCGUCCUCCUCCUGCGCCCCGCCCCACCCGGGCAGCCCCAGCCCGGUGCCCGAGGGGCCCCCCAGCCCCGUCACGCCCUCGCCCUCGCCCAGCGCGGCCCCCCAGAACCCGCCGCCGCACCCCGCCACGCCGCGGCCCAACCUCAGCAUCGCCGUGAUCCUGGAGGAGCUGCAGGUGCUGCAGCAGAGGCAGAUCUACCAGAUGCAGAUGACGGAGGAGAUCUGCCGACAGGUGCUGCAGCUAGGGGGCGCUGCCUGCGGGCUGGACUCGCCCCCGCUGCCCCCCCUGCCACAGCUGUGCCUGGAGGGGGAGAGAGGUGUGUCCUCCGGGGGUAACGGCGCGGCCCCGCCUCCCCCCCCGCCCGGCUCCGGCUCCGGCCCCUCCCCGCUCCUGGCCUGCUUCCCGUCCCUGCUGCCCCCCCACCAGUCCCUCCCCAAGCCCAAAACGCCGCACCCCCUGUCCCAGGUCCUGCGCCCGCUCAAGUCCCAGUACGAGGGCGGGGCCGGCGCCGGGGGGCGGGCCUACAUCGGGGGCGGGGGCGGCCGAGCAGGCGGGGUCCCCCCGCCGUCCUCCUCCUCUUCCUCCUCCUCAUCCUCCUCCUCCUCCACGCCCACGGCGGCCGUGGCGCCCCAGUACCCAUCCUCGCUCACGCUGGGCCUGCCGCCCCGCUACCUCCACGAGAAGUCCCCCAACACCACCUCGUCCUCGGGCUCCGCGGGCGGGCUGGCCUUCUUCGCCCCGCCCCUCUUCAGCUCCGCCUCCCUGCCGGGCCCCUCGCAGGACGGGGGCGGGGCCUCGGGGGCCUCGGGCCUGUCGCGGCUCUCGCACGCCUGCCGCUUCUGCGGGAAGCUGUUCUCCUCCGACUCGUCGCUGCAGAUCCACCUGCGCUCGCACACGGGCGAGCGGCCCUACCAGUGCCCGGUGUGCCUGAGCCGCUUCACCACGCGCGGGAACCUGAAGGUGCACUUCCUGCGGCACCGCGAGCAGAACCCCGAGCUGUCGCUGUCCCUGCUGCCGCCCUCGCUGUUCGGCCAGGGCGCCGAGCCCAUCUCCGCCGCCGUGGCCGUGGCGGCCGGCGUGGCCGGGGCGCAGAAGCGCCGGAAGCGCCGCGCGGAGGAGGAGCUGUUCGGCGCGGGGGAGGGGUCGGACGGACGGGCCGGCGGAGGGCCGGGGUUCCCGCUGGGCGUGUCCCCCCGGGGCCCGCCCUCCUCCCUCCCGCUGCCCCCCAGCGUCGACCUGGCGCUGCUCUCCACCGCGCACUCCCUGCUGCAGCUCAACCGGGCCGCGGCCGCGGCCGCCGCCGCCGUGUCCUCCUCUUCCUCCUCCACCUCCUCCUCGCUCACGCCCGCCCUCCUCUCCUCCUCCUCUGCCUCCUCCUCCUCGCCGGCCGGGCCCCUGGCCUCCAUGGCCGGGCUCUACAAGGCGGGGUCCAAGCGCUUCGACGAGAACACCCCUCCGCACCAGGCCCUGCACCCGCACUCCGCCUACUCCCACCUGGCCCACCUCCCAAAAAUCCUCUUCCCCACCGCCACCCCGUCCCACCCGCACCACCCGCACCACCCGGGCCUGGCCCUGCUCCGCCCUCCGCCGCCCCCGCCCUCCGGGGGCUCCCACCUGGCCCCGCCCCACCCCCAGCUCACCUUCCCCUUCUCCACCUUCCCCAAAGCGCCCCAGCACCCUUCCUCGUCCUCCUCCUCCACUUCCUCCGACACCUCCAAGCUGCAGCGGCUGGUGGAGAAGCUGGAGAAGGAGCCGCACCACGGCUCCGGGGAACACUCCCACCACGGGGGCCCCAGCUCUGUCCAGGCCGGCUCCUCCCACCUGGGCUCCGCCCCCAGCCUGGCCCGGGAGAUGAUGGCGGCCCUGGGCGUGAGCGCCAAUGGCGGGGGCGCGGGGUCCGGCAUGGCGGGGGCCGGGGCGGAGCUGGGGGCGGCCAAUCAGUGCGGGGUGUGUCUGCGGGUGCUGAGCUGCCCGCGCGCCCUGCGGCUGCACCAGGCCACGCACCUGGGCGAGCGGCCCUUCCCCUGCAAGCUUUGCGGCCGCUCCUUCUCCACCAAGGGCAACCUGCGGGCGCACCAGGCCACGCACCGCGCCCGCCCACUAGCCCGCGCCCAGAACUCCUGCCCACUGUGCCAGCGCAAGUUCACCAACGCCCUGGUGCUGCAGCACCACAUCCGCAUGCACCUGGGCGGCCAGCUGCCUCCGGGCAGCCCCGAGCCGGAGCUUGCCGCGCGCCCCCCCGCGCUCAGCCCGCGUGACGACGCCGACCCCGCCCCCGCCCCCGACCUCCCCCCCGACAGCCCGGACCUCGUGCCCCCUCCUGCCGACCUCAGCCCCGACCCGGCCCUGAACGCCGCCCCGGACGCCACGCCGCCCGGGAGCGCGGAGCCGCCCGUGCUGAGCGCCAGCGUGACCGCCCCGCUGGCCGACCCCCUCGCCGAGCUCCUCCCGACGCUCGCCGACCCCCUGCUGACCGCCGCCGACCUCCUGGUGACCCCUGCCGCGGCCGAUAUGAAAGAGGAGGAGGAGGACGCCCACGCCGAGCCCCCGCCACCCGCCCCCCCGUGCCCCGCCCUCCGCCUGCCCAGCCCCCCCGCCGCUCUGACCCUCACCCCUGAGGUGGACGUUGCCCCCCCCAGUCCCUCCGAGGCCCGCCCGAGCCAGCCUGCCCCCGCCGACGCCCCUGCCGUCUCGCCCAGCAGCCCCACGCCCGAGCUGGCCUCCAGCUCCAGCACAGACGCCCCCGCCCCCCUCUUAUCCCCCGCGCACCUGCCCCUGCCCCACCUGGGCGUGUCCCCUGACCCCUCCCCCGCAGAGCCCCUCGGCGCCCCCCCCGUCUCCUCGGUACCAAAGAUCGACAAGGCCGCGGUGCCCGACCCUGCGCCCCCGCACCCCGGCCCGAAAGAGGAGGUCCCGGAGCCCCCGCGAGACGGCAGGAAGAGCCUGCUGAGCUCGCCCGCAAAGGAUGAUGGGAGCGGCGGUGCGAAGGUGCCCGCGGGGCCGGAUCCCGAUUGGCUGGCCGCCGCCGCCCUGCCCCCCCCGGUCCUGCGCCCCCCGGAGAAGAAGAUAUACAGCUGCUCCGAGUGCGGGAAGGAGUACGCCAGCCGCAGCGGCCUAAAGGGACACAUGAAACAUCACGGGGUCGUGGUCAAGGGCUCCCGCCCCACCCCACGGGGCACCCGCUUGCCCCCCUCUGCUCCCCCCCCUGCCCCUGUUCCCGCCCCCACCCCCGCCACCAACAGCGGGCCAGUCAGCUUCUGGAAUCAGUACCAAGUGUUCCUCACCAGUAGCAGCGACCAGCCGGACGACCCAGUUCCAAACUCAGCCACCGGCAGCCAAGCGGAAGAGCUUGAAAUGCCGCGAUUGGCCAAGUCUCCCGAGAAGUCCCAGCCACUGGAGGACCAGGCCGCAGGGAUUGGCUUGGAGGAGUCGAGGGAGGAGUCUAAGGGGGGCGCCGAACCGGAGGCGAUGUGA